CUCAAAGAUGUGACUUCUUACGACGACUUUGUGUUUUUCAUGUUUUAACUCACCCGUAAUCAUAGUCGUAGACGGUCGAGCAGAAGGCCCUGCUCAUUUGAGAUGGAACAACCCUUUAGUGUCUUGGACCUGUGAGGGUGUUGUUGGUUGCUGAGUUUGUCAUUUCCUGGUUUGAAGGGUAAAGGACUUGCACUGAUACCUGAGUGGUACUCUGAGCUUUACGACGUGUUUCUCAUUCACACACCAACCCGGCUCAGAGUCUCAAUGCGGGGAAUUUAACCGUCAACUUGGCAUUUAGUGAACAAUCUGCUCGGCCACCUGAGCCACAGCCGCACCUGGUUUAUUACAUGGAUUUAACAAACAGCCCCUGUCCUGACGUUUGGUUUCCAUUGUUUCAUACCUGUUGCAGGGCGUCGACACCUGAGUUCUCCAAACACUCCUUGAGACUUCAAACCAUCAUCAUCUGUUUGUGCACAUUGUUCCAAGGUCACAAUGCCUCCAAAAACGCCAAAGCAGCCAGGGCACAACAGGUCCUUUUUAAAUCAGGAAACUGUCAGUCCUGGUGGCAGCAGCAGCAGCACAGAGAGCCCACAGCCAGGGGGAGCUACAGCUUCUCAGAUGGCAGCACCCAGUCUGGUGAGAGUGAAGCAAGAGGAGGAGGAUGGCGGUGAAUCAAAGCUGAGUCGACACUCACAUCACUUCAAAGUGAAAUUCCCAAAUGACAAAUUCAGAUACACCAUCGACUGUGAUCAGCCUCACACAGUGCUGGACGCGAUAAAAUUACAUCUAAAUGAACAGUUUACAAAGAUGGAGAAAAGGAAGAACUAUUCUGAUGAGAAAAUCAUCAUUCAGCUGAGUGACGUGGUUAAACAGUCUAUCGUGGCAACACAUUUCCCUUGUUCUUGUAUCCAGAACGAUGAGUGUCUGAUCGUACACUUUAAAAAUCAAGAGGUGGAAGAGCCAAGAAGCCAAGAUGACGAAAUAUUACCAAGAGAACAAUAUUCUGUCUUUUACAUUUCUAAAGAGGGAGGAGAAAAGGCAAAAAAAACGACACUUUUUAAAAACAAGACUGUCAAAGAGUUCGACUAUCUCUGUGUCUAUGCAAAGAAAGGAACGACUGUGAAGGAGGCUCUGGAAAGAGACGGACGCUUCGUUGACUUCCAAGAUUUCAAACUGUCCGAAGACGAGAACUCAAAGGAACACACUCUGUGUACACAGAAGGUCGACAAACUGGAUCAGAAAAAGUUCAAGAUAUGUCUCGAAAGAAGAAGAAGUGACAAAGUACAGGUGAGCAACAAGCAACCAGUCAGUGUAAAUAAAGCAAAGGAUGAGUCAGGGAGCGCCGGCAAUGCUGGGACGAUGAAUAGACGACUGAGUGAGCAGAUUCAGGAUCUGAUCAAAUUGAUGGAGAUUACACUCCCUGGUGAUUCUUAUCAGAGAGCUCUGGAGCUGAAGAAGGAGAACUUUGGGAAGAUCCAACAGUCUUUCAGUGAAGUUCACAGAGUCAGGAAGCUGCUCCAACUGGGCAAGUCAGUUUGUAAGCUCAUAGUUCAGGAUGUUUGUCAGGGAACAGGCUUUGUGCUGUUCGAUAGGUUCAUCCUGACCAAUGCGCAUUUAUUAAACAAACGUGUUGAAGGAAACAAGCUGCGGGAAGGCACCAAUGUUUAUGCCCUUUUUAACUAUGAAGAACCUGAGCCACACACUGAUUACCACACUUUCACUGCAGAGAAGACACUGAUUGACUUUGACUUGAAGCUGGGCUAUGCCAUACUGGAGCUCAAGCCUGAGGACCAGAAACAAAACCAAGCAGCUGAAACAGCUAAAAUCCCACCAGGGCUCCUGAGUGAAUUUGGUCCUCCACCUGCCAAUGGUGAAGCCUGUCUGAUUGGCCACCCAGCAGGAGAAGUGAAAAAAAUAGAUCCUACAUGCAUCAUUGAAAUAGACAAUCGAGGGCAGGCAGUGGGCCAACAGUUACACCCCUACAAAGACAAGCUGUUCGUUGUCCAGUCAGUCGUCGAAGCGCUCAAACAACAAGGCAUUGAAAGCACAUUGGAGGGAGGAUGUAAAGCAGACAAAGUUGUGACCGACAACACCUUCAUGUAUCACGGAUCUUCUGGCUCCCCAGUGUUUGAUGUCGGGUGCAGAGUUUUUGGUUUGCACACUGCAGGGUAUUGCUAUGGGUUUCCAGAGAUUUCAGAAAAGAAGCAGAGUGUGAUUGAGUUUGCACAGCCUGUGCUGACUAUAUUUGAAAGCUUUGUGCGUAAUCUGCAUGCGAGUGGAAACAAGGAGCUGUUGGACAGAGUUGAAAAGGCAGCAGAGGGAAACUCAGACUUACAAGAUGCCAUUCAGUCUGUGGUUGGACUGAGGUAAACUGGACAUGAGGGGCAGGAGGGUGAAUUUCCAACAGAGGGUCUGAAAGAUGAAGAUCCCGGCGAGCCCAAGCAGGAGAGUUAGGUAACCAAUCAGACGCUCCUCGACAGAGCGGCCAACCACAUCUGGCUGCAGAGAUCAUUUUCUUAUUCAUGAAAUCAUUUUACUCCAAAUAAUCACUCGACAAAGUGCAUUAAAUGUUUGUUUGUUUGUUUUCUCUGAAACUUAUCAGGUCCAGCUUUGUGUUUUAGGUGAACUCGUAUGUUUUUGGUUUUUAUGCUCAGCUUCUGCAGUUAUAACCAUCACAGUGGAAGUGCUGUUUGGUUUCAUAUCGCUGAUGAUGUUUUCUGGCCUUGAGUGGUAGUUUGAGGACGCACUGGAAUCAGAACCAGCUUCCGUCGUUGGUGAAGCCUUUCAUUUCGCUGUUGUAAUAUCUUGGUAUUGUAUUAAAACUCACAUUUAUCGUC